CGCGAACCCAAAAAAAACUCUCCCUCUCUGCGUCUCUCCAGAGCCUCGAUUCCAUCGGAGCUCGCUUCCCCGUGCGCCAUGGCCGAAGCAGCCGGCGAUCGCAGGCCGGCUGCCGUGGAGGACGCGAAUAUUGAGAAACCGUUGCUUCGCUGGAGCCCCUCCAGCAACAUGCGGCGGAGGGCCUCCGGCGAUCUCUCCCUCGGGCUCUCUUGCCCGUCGCGCCGCCCCUCUUUCAGGCGGGACGUCGGCCACGCAGCUGCCGAGACUUAUCGCAUUACUCGCCUCGCUCUCACUCUCCUGCAGUACCUCGGGGUAGGUUACCGGUGGAUGACAAAAUUUCUUGCCCUUGCGUGCUAUGCUAUCUUGCUCAUGCCAGGUUUCCUACAAGUUGGAUAUUACUAUUUUUUUUCAACCCAGGUCCGUAGAAGUAUAGUCUAUGGUGAACAGCCCAGAAAUCGGUUGGAUCUAUAUCUGCCAAAAGAUAGCAAUGAACCAAAGCCAGUUGUGGCAUUUGUAACUGGUGGGGCCUGGAUUAUUGGUUACAAAGCAUGGGGUGCUCUUCUAGGGAGGCGGUUGGCAGAAAGAGAUAUUAUAGUUGCAUGCAUUGAUUACAGAAACUUUCCUCAAGGGACCAUAAGUGAUAUGAUAACAGAUGCUUCCGAAGGAAUCUCAUUUAUAUGCAAUAACAUUGCCAGCUAUGGAGGUGACCCUCACCGGGUGUAUUUGAUGGGACAAUCAGCUGGUGCACAUAUCGCUGCUUGCACCCUCUUGGAGCAAGCAAUUAAAGAAGCUGCAGGAGAGAGCAUAACUUGGAGUGUCUCACAGAUAAAAGCAUACGUUGGUUUAUCAGGCGGAUUGCCUUCAUUUCAUGAAAAUUAUCAACAAGAACCACAUUAUGGUGUUGGUCAUCUUGCAUAUCUUCAAAAAGGCCUCGAACCGCCUCCCUGCAAAGUGGUCCAUCGUCACUCUGAAACUAGCCAUAUAAUUCGUUCGGGUGGACUCGACCUUCCCACUAUCAGAUACAACAUGCUGAACCUGGUUGAUCACUUCCACGAACGUGGUCUGUAUCGCAGCAUCUUUCUCAGCAUAAUGGAGGGGGAGGAAAACUUAAGGCGCUAUUCUCCAGAAGUUGUUGUACGGGGCUCAAGUUUUAGACAAGCAAUUCCUCUACUUCCUUAUAUCAUUCUGUUUCAUGGAACAGCCGACUAUUCUAUACCAUCUUCUGCCAGGGUUUUGGCUAUUGAUGCGGAGGGGAGUGUUGGUCACUUGCAGACGUGACUUGUACCUCACACAGCAUUGCAGAUGCAUUUGCCAAACUUUGCAGAAGCAAAAAUAUUAAAAAGUUUAAAAAUUUAGAAAACUUUGUAAUGUUUAAAAAAGGAAUGACUUAAUGUGUGCUUUGGUGACCUUGUGCCAAUCGUGGUAGUUUGGUACUUGCCUGGCAUGAGCAGGCACUUAAAUCUUUCAUUUUUAUUCUAUCCCCGUAUUCUGAUGGUAGAUCAUGGGCCUCACUGAAGCCAUUUCUCUACAACUUGUUUCAAUUUUUGACUCUAUAAAUCCUUGUUCAUUAUUUAUAUCUAUUAAUGGCUACAGCUGCUGACGCUAGUGGCCAAGCAUUGAAAUGCUACUACAUGGCAACCAUGCCUUGCCUUAUCAGGCUAGUGCCAGCAUUGGCAUGCAUGUCUGCUGCAAGUAAUGAUUUUUGUUGGUUUGCAUCGAUCUGUCUCAGUUUGGCAUGGGUUUCUAUGUGUUCUUCUUCUUCUUCUUCUUCUUCUUCUUCUUCCCACUGACACUAGCAGUUCUAUGUUUUUGCUGUUUAGCACUUUUUCCUUUCCCUUUCUCUUUGUGUUUAUUUCUUUUUUUCUUUCUUCUUCUUUAAGUUUCCAUAUCUUCUUCUCGCAAUAAAAUUUCUGUUGCUAUCUUGCGAUUUUUUUUUUUUUGUAUAUAUUAUUGCUUUGAUCAGUUUAGUAUGAGCUGUUUUCUUGUUGAUUUAACCCUUUGAGCAAACCACAUCAGAACAUACUCAUUUCAUUUUCUGUAUAUCAAGGCAUUUAGUGACAUUACAAAUUGUGGAAACUGACCAAUGAGCUUCCCCAACAAAACCAAGCUUUUUCAAUUCUUUCCAAUGUCACUAACAUCAUAUGAUAUUUAUUGAUUGAUCAAGGCUUUUUCAGGGCUGCUUUGACCGAAGCGUUUUCUAAUGUGCAUACUGUACUGCACAAUUAACAAAAUCUCUAAUGCUUAACAAUAACAUUUUAUCUUGAGGCACCUCUGAGAAAGAUGAACGUGUAUAAGUAGUUAAUGAUGAUGAAUAUGGCAAAGCUUUUAUCAGUUAUGUUAUUAACAACAGAUGAUGCAGCCACUUGCCCAAUUUUCCCUUGUCUGUUUCUUCUCUUCCUCCUCUUCUAAAUUUUGAUUGCCCUUCGUUUCUCUCUUCGUUAUUAACUUAUUAUUAUUUAUUGGGAAUCUUAUAUCUGUUUCUUCUUCUUCCUCUUUGAUUGUCCUUUGUUUCUCUCCUCAUUGUUGUUGGGAAUCUUGUUCAUUACAUUGUAUUUGUAUAUAAUUCAUGCAUGUAGCUUUCCCUCCCAAGCCAAAGUCUAGUUGUUGGCAGUCACUGGUUACUCACUUGAUU